AUCUAGAUGAGUGUUAGAACCUCGUAGAAGCCAAAACAGAAUAGCUAACAAGACCAGGAUCCUUAAAUACAAAUAGCCAAUUUACAAAGAGAGAGAGAUUAAUUGCAAAGCUAACUAAAUUAAGCCAAUAAUAGAUUAAAGAUUUUUGAGAGAGACAGCACAUUAAAAUAGAAAAAGAUAGAGGAUAUUCAAUACUAAUUAGAUCGAUCUUUAACUUAAAGUCAACAAGAAAUAAAUGUGGAUAGAUUAAAUUAAUCGUUUUAAGAAGACGAUGAAAAGAGAAAAUUAAAAUAAUAAGUGUUGGAUCUCCAAGCAGCAAUAAAAUAGCUGCAAUAGAAACCAUUAGAUUUUGAUAGAGAAAUCACAAGAUCUGUUGUUCAGAGGGAAUCACUUUAAUCUGAUUUCAGUUCUGCAAAUCAAACUAUCAAGCAAUUAUAAAAUAAAAUUGAUGAUUUGUAAAACUAAUUAAAACAAAAAAACAGUUUAUAAAUUGAUACAACAAAUUAACACAUAUUAGAUUUAUAGGAUAGAUUAGCAAAAUUAUAGAUCUAAUGUGAUAAGCAAGUGAUUAAUAUUAAUGAAUUAAACUAAAAUAAAUUGGCAUAAUAAAAAGAAAUCGAUUCCCUUAGAAACGUGAUUAAUUCACAAUCUUUAACCCAUAAAUAAGAACAAUCUGAAAAUGAAUUGAGAUAUUCUAAAGAAAGUCAAGUACUGUCCCUUAAUUUAACAAAUAAAGAGUCAGCUCUUAUGACUACUGAGUAAAAAUUAAAGUAAACUCAAGAAUAUUUGUAUUAAUUAUAGAGAAAAUAUGAUUAAGACACACUUUAAUUGAGAACAGAAGUUUAAGACACAAAAGACUAAAGUAAUAGAUUUAAGGAUUAAUUGGACCUUUAAUCAAAACUAUUAGAAUAAGUACAAAAUGAGAAAGCUUAGUUAUCUAUGAUGUACGAAAAACUUUAAUUGGAAACAAAUGCUUUGUCAUUUUAAUUGUAAUAAUAAUUGAAAAACGGGGAAUCAAAAUAUUUAAGAGAUAGUACAACUCUUCAAUAACAAAUAACAGAGAAGGAGCUUAAAAUAUUGGAAUAGGAUAAAUAGAAAAGAGAAUUAGAGAACAAAAUAUUUUCAUUAUAAUAAAAAUUAGAUCAAGACACAUACAAUUUUAAUAAUACAAUUAAGGAUUUAUAGGACUAAAUAAGCAGAACCUAGAGGCAAUUAGAUGAUAAAACGUAAUAAUUUAAUUAACUCCUUGAAGAGAAGCAACAAUUAUAAAAUUCUUAUUUAUAAUUAUAAGAAGAAAUUUCAAUUUAGAAGCUUAGAUACUAGUAGGAGUUGAAUAAAUUGGAAACUUAAUAAAGUAAAGAAGUUUAAUGGUUCUAAUAAUAGCUCAAUGAUAGAAAUUAAUUGUUAGCUGAAUUGGAAGCUAAAAUCAAAGCAACAAAUGAACAAUUAAUAGGUAUUCAGAGAAGAUAUGAUCAAGAAGCUCAUUUAAACAAUCAACAUAGUGCUAUACAAGAUGAUUAGAUCAAAAACUUGUAAGAUUAGAUUGAUUAAAAAGUACUUUAGAAUACUCUUUUAAAUUAAGAUAAACAAUUAUUAAAUUAAUAACUAGACAAAUUAACAUAAAAUUACAAUGAAUUGAAAGGAUAAUAUAAUAACGAUACUGAUAAAUUGAAAGAAGAAUUGCAAAAAUCAAGAAAUUAAUAUAAUGAUAAACAAUAAGCUUAUUUGUAAUUGGAUAAUAAGUGUAAAUAAUUAAACGAGGAAUUAUUAUAAUUAUAAGUUAGAUUUGAAAAGGAAAUUAAUUUGAUGAAUAUACAAUUUUAGAAAAAAUAACAGGAGUGCUAGACAUUACAAGAUUAAUUAAAAUAAGAAUAAAUAUAAUCUUAUAAUAUGGAAUAAUAAAAUAUAAUUUUGAAAAAUUAGGUAAAUUAGUAAAUGGAAGACAUAAGAAAAAGGACUGAAUAACAACUAACAGAGCAAUACUAACAAUUGACAAAUGAAUAGAAGGCUCAGUUUAAUUUAUUAGUAAAUUCUAUCAAUUAAGAAAACUAAUAAUUGAAAUAUGAGAUUAAUUAAAAAGGAGACAAAAUAAGAUAAUUGGAAAAUGAGAUUCAGAAUUUAACAAUAGGAAAUACAAAAAACUAAAUUCUCAUAUCUGAACUGUAAACUGCUAAUCAACAAUAGAAAUUUUAAUUGAAUGAAUAAGAAGCAAAAAUAAGAUAGCUCAUUAUGCAAGACUUUGACUCAAUAGUAUGAUACUUAUAUAUAUAUUUUAGAGAGACAAAUCAGCUGAUUAGUAGAUUAGAAACUUGAUGGGCGAAGUCAAGAUUUUACAAUAAAAAUUGAAGAAGAAUGAACUUUAUGUAUAAAAUUUGGAGGAUUAACUAUAAAAAAAUAGAUGACAUAAUUUGAUAUUCAAUUUAUAAAGAUUUAAAAUAUUAUAAUAUCA